AUGUUGACAGCACAGGAGCCAAGUGCAGGACCCUUGACCCUGGACGACUCUGCCUUGGACAAUGCACCGCUCCCAGAUACACCACCCAAGGUGGACGGCACCGGCAUCAAGGCGCUCCUGGACGGCUUCACCAACAUGUGCUCCCUCUGCUACCUCUUCUGCCGCCAGCACACGUGUCACGGUUCAAAGGGGUUUCACCACCGCUUCCAAGACUGCAAUUGCUGGAAGAUGCUGCCAAGAAACCACGGUGAGCGGAUCAAUGGCUUUUUGGAGGAUUUUGGCGGGACGGUCGCGACCGUGUCCACUACAAACGGCCGCUGGCCUAGGGCUAGGGCUAGGGCUAAGAAUCCCGCCGUUCUCUUCAUAAGAAAAAUCUUGCCCUCGGUCGGCAAAGCAGCUUCAGCCGCAUCAGGUAGGACCGACUUCUUUGCAGGCACGCAUCAGCUGCCCACCCCUUUCACUGCGCUGCCCCUUGACGUGCAUCCGACGCCCGAGGACGCCAUCAAGCUCAGCCAAGACAUCAAGGCAGGCAGAUGCUCCCUCCAAAGUCUCAACCUCCACAUCCCCAAGCUGGGCCGCCCACUCUGGAACGACCACAUCCUUUACCGAGACGAACACCACCUGCUGCGCUGCCGUGCCAUUGCCAGCAAGCUCGUCGGGGGUUCUUCGUGGCGCUGGCCGUCCAAGCUCCCUGAUCUCGAUGUCAACUUGGACGACGGCACGUUUCAGGGCAUCAUGGCUUUGGUCCUGCAGCGGGUGCCCAUGGGCCGCUCGUGCGCCAUGGAGCAAAUGCCGUGGCACGAAUUUGUCAAAAGGCAGAUCUCGUACAACCUCCGUUACCUCGAAAAGGUUCAUCCUUACCCCGACGUCAUCAAAUCGCACGUCGUGAGCGAGCCUCCGCUCAGCGUAGCCGCCGCCUGGUCCUUUCGACACGAGCCAAGCAAGAUCGCCCUCAAGUGGUCGACUGCCAUCAUGACUCUAGCUUUCGCCCGCACCUCGGUCGGCCUGGACAUAGGUCUGGAGGGCAAAGAAGGCGUUCAACUCGUAUGCAGCAUGGCUGCCGACUUUGCCGCUGGCCAGUUGUAUCAGCAUGCCUUUGCCAACUUUGGUUCUGACGACAACAAUUCUGCAAGGUACGAGUGCAGCAUGGGCCUCGUCUGGUUCGAUCAAUGGCUCGACAUCUUGAUCGGCAGCAAGUACGACCCACGGCUGCCGAGACGGCCAGUGGCUCAACUUCAAGCAUGUCGCUAA